AUGGGAAUAGAAAUGCUCAAAGAGAACUAUUUCAUGCUUUAUCCAGUCUAUUUCGAGCUAAAUAAAUCAAAGACAGAAGGCAGGAAGUACAACAAGAGGCAUUGUUUAGAGAGCAUUAAGACGCAGGAGAUCAGGAGGGCAUUAGAAGCAUGCAAGGCAGAAUACACAUUUGAGCCAAAUAAGAAGCAUCCACGAGAUGUACUGAAUCCAGGGCGAUUUACAAUAAAAAGAAGCACAGGCAGAAUGGAGUUGGUUGCUGGUGUGGCUGAGAAGAUGAAGGAGCAUAGAGAGAAGCAGAAUGCAUCAAGUAGCAGUGUGAAGAACACCAUGGGACUAAUAGCGAAGAAGAAGUCAAAAAAGAAAGGCAAGAAAUAA